AUAAACAGUUGUAAGAUGUUUGAAGAAGAAAAACGUGUAGAGCUACCGAAAAAGCGAAAAAUUUCUGAAGAAAAUGGUGUUGGAAUUUCUGAUCAUCCUUUGAAAAGAAACAAUACUAUUACGAUACAGUGUCCUUAUUUAGACACUAUAAAUAGACAUGUGCUAGACUUUGAUUUUGAGAAGUUGUGUUCGGUGUCACUCACUAGGAUCAAUGUUUAUGCUUGUUUGGUCUGCGGAAAGUACUUUCAGGGCAGGGGCACCAACACUCAUGCUUACACUCAUUCUGUGGCAGAUGGACACCAUGUCUUCCUCAAUCUACACACAUUGAAGUUCUACUGCUUACCAGAUAAUUAUGAAGUCAUUGACUCAUCCCUUAAUGACAUAAAAUAUGUUUUAAAUCCAACAUUCACACCAGAGCAGAUAGCUCAGAUGGAUACAAACACAAAGAUGUCACGCGCCAUCGACGGUACUAUGUACAUGCCGGGAAUUGUUGGACUCAACAAUAUUAAGGCUAAUGACUACUGCAAUGUUAUUUUGCAGUGUCUUUCUCAAGUGCGUCCGUUACGCAAUUAUUUCUUACGGGAAGAGAACUAUGCGAACGUAAAAAGACCACCUGGUGACUCGUCGUUCCUGCUAGUGCAGAGGUUUGGAGAAUUAUUAAGAAAGUUGUGGAAUCCUCGUGCGUUCAAAGCACAUGUUUCACCACAUGAAAUGCUGCAGGCUGUUGUUCUAUGGUCUAAAAAAAAGUUCCAGUUUAUUAAACAAAGUGACCCUAUUGACUUUUUGUCAUGGUUCCUAAAUUCCCUACAUAUGGCAUUAAAUGGAACUAAGAAACCCAAUAGUUCGAUCAUCUACAAAUCUUUCCUUGGUCACAUGAGAAUAUAUACAAGAAAAUUACCCCCACCAGAUGCGGACGAUGCAGCAAAAGUAGACCUAAGCAGUGAGGAGUACGCAGAAAUGAUAACAGAGUCGCCUUUCCUGUACUUAACAUGUGAUCUGCCACCCACGCCGCUUUUCACUGAUGAGUUCCGAGAGAACAUUAUUCCACAGGUUAACUUGUACCAGUUGCUCUCGAAAUUCAACGGACAAUCGUCAAAGGAGUACAAAACAUACAAAGAGAACUUUUUAAAAAGAUUUGAGAUAACGCAGUUGCCGCCCUAUUUGAUAUUGUAUAUCAAACGGUUCACCAAAAACACGUUCUUUGUCGAGAAAAAUCCGACUGUUGUCAAUUUUCCAGUCAAAAACGUCGAUUUUGGCGACAUUCUAACGCCCGAAGUGAAGGCCCAGCACAAAGGCAACACGAUAUACGAGCUGGUAGGCAACAUCGUGCACGACGGUACGCCGGAAAAAGGCACGUAUCGGUGCCAUGUGUUACACAAACCUACACAACAAUGGUAUGAAAUGCAAGAUCUUCAUGUAACUAGCAUACUUCCACAAAUGAUCACCUUAACAGAAGCCUACAUACAAAUAUAUGAAUUAAAGCAGGAUUGAAACUUGCUAAUUUCAUAUAAGUAUUAAAUAAAACUAAGUUAGAUUAUAUUGUAUUUGUAAUUUCAUUUCAAUAUUUAUUGAAUAAUUAUACAAACUCCAGAAAGUGGCAUUUGACAUAUUGACC